CCUCAAACAUCACUAAAGCUUACAACAUUAGCAUCAUACAGCUACUAAUACUCCAAUCUCUUCUGUUCCACACGAGAUUUUUUCUGUUCCCGUUGAUCUCAAUCUUAGGGCUUACGGUACCAAUAUCAGUCAUACAUUCAAUUAAUUUCCAAAUAUGGAUAAGAUAAGAGAGUUGGCAUCAAAGAGGGCAGUAGUAAUAUUCACCAAGAGUUCAUGCUGCAUGUGUCAUAGUAUCAAAGCACUUUUUUAUGAACUAGGAGCAAGCCCAGCAAUUCAUGAACUGGAUCAAGAUUCAAGAGGCAAUGAAAUGGCAGUUGCUUUGAGCAUCCUAGGUUGUAAUCCUUGUGUUCCUGCUAUUUUCAUUGGUGGACAAUUUGUUGGUUCAGCUAAGGAUGUUAUUUCCCUUCAUGUUGAUGGCUCUCUUAAAGAAAUGCUCAUCAAUGCCAAAGCUAUAUGGCUCUAAUAUUAGUUUCCUUUCUUGUAUUGUUUCCUUUAGAGGGUGUUGGGGUGGGAGGCUGUAAAGAAAGCCACAUUUUUAUGAAAAUGGCGAUAAUGGAAACUCUUCUGGACGUUCAAGAA